GAGCGAUGGAUCACAAUCUAAAGAAGUCUAUUAUAGAUGAUAUAGAUAGGUUCUUGGCAAGGAAAGACUACUAUAAGAGAAUUGGAAAAGCUUGGAAAAGAGGAUACUUACUCUAUGGUCCUCCUGGCACUGGAAAAUCAAGCUUAAUUGCAGCUAUGGCUAAUUACCUCAAGUUUGAUGUGUAUGAUUUGGAGCUGGCCCAUAUUACUUCUGAUGCUGAUUUGAGAAAAACUAUGCUGGAUAUUCAUAGGAAGUCCAUAACUGUGAUUGAAGACAUAGAUUGCAAUUCUACUGCGCAUAAUCGAUCAAAUAAUCGAUCAAGAUCAAAAUCUGAUGAUUGUGAUGAAUCCAUUUAUGACAAGCAAUUUUCGCUCUCUAGUCUGCUAAAUUGUAUUGAUGGAUUGUGGUCAAGCUGUGGAGAAGAAAGGAUAAUAGUGUUUACGACAAAUCGCAAGGAAGUUUUGGACCCAGCAUUGCUACGUCCUGGCAGAAUGGAUAUGCACGUUCACAUGUCAUAUUGUACCAGUGAAGGAUUUAGAGUUUUGGUGUACAAUUACCUUGGAAUUAAAGAGCAUAAACUGCUUGAAGAAAUUGAUGAGAGCAUAAACUGCUUGAAGAAAUUGAUGGUUUGA